AUGCACCCGUUGGUUGUGUUCGCUGCUUUCAUUUUGCAAGUGGCAGGCGCUUUCAGUCCGUACGUUUGUCCACAAGAAUUAGCUGAUGGUGUCCCCUUUGAGCUCUAUGGCGGCCCCCUGUACCCAGUCGCCGCAAUCCAUGCGUACUACGGCCAGGUCGAGACCCCAUUUUGGACCAAUGUCUCGGGAAGCUGGACCCAUGAACUCUUAUCGGCUGUGACUAACACAGAUGUAGGCAGAUGCCUCGUGGAAAACCUAACUUCAUGCAGUUCGAAAAUGCGCGAAACCUUCGGAAAUAGCCUGGGUAAACUGUUCCCCUACUUUUAUCGACCCCUGAUAUCCAAUCACCUUAUGAACGAAGUGGAUCAGGAAAAGUGGUCCAAAGAACCCCUUGACGAUUUUAGCAACAAGGACUUAGUGCUAAUUAGGAGAACUCUUCUUAUUCAAUGCAUGUAUUGGUGUCACUUGAUGCUCGGUUUGCCGCCGACUCGACGACCUAGGAUGUUGGAGAUGUGCCCAAAUCCCUGCAACCAGGCGGAGAUCUGCUCAGGAACGGGAGAAGUCCCUGGUACUUGUCAGUUAAACGGCGAGGGCUUUUUUAAGCAUCAGUAUCGGUGUGAUUGCAAACCAGGUUUCAUCUGGAGUUCAACUCUGCGGUGUUGUCUCCCAGACAAUCCCUGUGAACGAAAGAAUGAACCAGUGUGCUUUCCUGAUGGCACACUUUCCUGUUCAUACGAUUCUGAGUUAAAUGAAAUUUCUUGCUUCUGCAAGCCGGAAUACAUGGGCAAUAACUGCUCAAUUUCGGCAAACGCCUGCGAGGAACUUAUCCGAAAUCCCCUUUUGCCCAACGGAGGUCAGUUAGCCGUGGGAAAUAGAGCCUGCAAUAUCAACAACGACGGAAAUCUUUGUGUCCCUUCCCUGGACCCUGAUCUGGGACCGACAUACACCUGUGUCUGUGCUUCAGGACGUUGGACUGGAGAUAUUAACUUACGAUAUGACAACUGUCUCAAGAAAGUUACCAAAUGUGACCAAAUCAUUUGUAUCAAAGGUGAAUGUGUGGACAGCCGUGACGGAACCGAAGCUGUUUGCGUGUGCAAAGAGGGCUAUGACUCCCCGAUGUGUGCCACGUGGACAGGCGUGUGGAGUCUGUGGUCCCCCUGGGGUCGGUGCACCCCCUCGUGUGGUCUGGAACGGUGGGCUAUUCGCACCCGACGGUGUCUUGUGGCUGAAAAAUUCCCGAAUUCGGAGCAUCUCGACUGCAACGGGUCAAGCAUUGAAUUUUUUCCUUGUGAACCUCACGCCUGUGCGAGUAUGUCGGUUCCUGUGUUACUCCAUUCCACGUUGCCUGUGUAG